ACAAGGGGAGACAACAGGAGUUUGAGCCACGUCACUCAGACCCUCGGUGUGACCGCUAACAAGGACUGGACUAGUCGUCCUGUGCAAGUCCUGCCCACUAUUGGCCAUUACAGGUGUGAGGGGCGGGCCUUGUCAACUGCAGCGUCUAUCUACGUAUUUGCCAACACGACAGGUAUUUCAGAUUUCACCAUGGCUGUCUAUUCAUCUUUGUGGCUGGCUAUGGUCGCACUAGUGGUGACGUAUGUCACAGCAGAGUUGUCUGCCAACUCUACAGCGAUGCCGGAAGAGGAAGCGCUUGUACUUGACGUCAUCAAGGACGCCCCAAAGGAAGCCGUGUACUUCGUGUUUGAUAUCAAGGGUACACAACUCACUAGCGAUGAUGUUAACAAAGCUUUUGAAGGACUUCCCGUGCCCUACAAAUUCAAGGUGUUAGGAGGCCAUCGUUAUAUAGUUGUCUUGAAGAGCGAACCUGGUGACCGCGCUGCCCUGAGGGACCUCGUCAUCCCCCAGGCCACAGACGUGGAGGUGUUCACAGCCGAGUCCCUCCAUGAGUUUCUCAAAUACAGCGACGUGCAGGGCCUGCAAAACAAAGAGGGCUUGCCUCUAAAGGAUGAAGACUUGUACAUGGUUGAGCUCACCAUACUGGAACGGGGUUUGGACUUAACAACGUUUAAAAACAACAUCAAGAAGUUAUCAAAAGGUGCUCUCGCAGCAAAUAAGUUUGAUGUGCACAUAAUUCAUGUCACUGCAUCCUUACCCUUUAAGUUCAUCGCAUUUCUCCUCCUGAGCCCGUACCGCAUUGACAGAUCCCUUGUGGAAGUGUCACGCUACGUUGGCGGACCUUACCAGAUGGAACUAAGAACACAACCCAUCGUCAACAUCUGAGGUCUUCAACUUACCAUCUCUAAAAACAUGUAUAACUGACAUGUUAAUCAGAUUCUUCAAAAUAAAAUAAAGGGCAGUC